UCUUCAAGUAAAACAAAACAAACCCCUUUUGUUUUUGGUUUCUCUCUCUCUAUUCUGUGACCAUGGUGUUCCAGAAAACCCUUGCUCAACGGCUCCUUAACAUCUCCAAAAUUUCAUCGCAAACACUCACAAAUUGUCGCAUUUCUUCGUCAUCCGUUAUUGGAAGGGUUUAUCCCACGGUCACGGAACCUGAUAACAUUGCUCCUGAUCCCGGAGACAAUGGCCUCUUACGCAGUUUGCUUCAUAAGCGACCCGAGCUCCGGUCGCCCCAGCGCGCCGCAAACCUCGUUGACCAGCUGAGGGCGAUGGACUUGACCCGGAAUCGGAUCCGGUUGGAGGGGUUGACGCCGCCGCCGGAGAUGAAGGAGGGCGUGACGGUCGAGGAUGCGAGGAAAUUGCUGAAGGUGGCACAAGUGGAGUUGGUGAAAUCGAAACUGAGGGAGACCGGUAAAAGCUGCAUAACGUUUUCGGAGUUUAUUCGGAUUUGCGCUGAAAAUUGUUCGGAUCAGGAUCAAGCCUUGAGGAUUGCCAAGUUGUUGGAUAAUUCUGCGGCUGUGAUUGUUUUAGGAGAUGUUGUGUUUCUAAGGCCUGAACAGGAAAUUGAAACUUUGUUGUUUCGCAAGAUGUUAAAAGUGGAAAGGAUUCCACGUUUGAGGUAGCAAAGGUCAUCCAGGGUCUGUUCCCCGUACCAGGAGCCAAGGUGCACGAAUCAGCAAGAAUUGAAUUAGAAGAAAUGGAGAAAAAGAAAAUGGGCAUUGACAAGAAAGCUGAUUCCUUGGUUAGGCGUGAGCUAUGGGGCGGGUUGGGUUUCCUUGUGGUGCAAACAGUGGGGUUCAUGAGGCUAACAUUUUGGGAGCUAACAUGGGAUGUAAUGGAACCCAUAUGCUUCUACUUGACCUCUAUGUAUUUUAUGGCUGGCUACACAUUCUUCCUCAGGACCUCAAAGGAACCUUCCUUUGAAGGGUUCUACCAAGCCCGUUUCACCUCCAAGCAGAAGCGCCUUAUGAAGCUUCACAAUUUUGACAUUGAAAGGUAUAACCAACUCAGAGAUGCUUGCUCUCCAACCAUGCCUCCAAAGUUUGAUUCAUCCUUUGCUCUUCCAUUUGACAAUUCUUCCAAACAUCAUUGAUAUGAAAUUGGAAGGUGAUUUACCUGAAAUGAAAAUAAACACAUGGAAGGAAUCCCCUUAGCAACAUUCAUUUUUAUUUGCAGCACAUUGCUGCCAACUGAAUAGCGAAUUUGGGGUUAAAACCCCGCCAACGAAAGCUAUAUAGGAACAUGUCGUUAAGAAAAUACUAGUAUUUGUACUUGCGGUGUGUUAGAAUUAGAUGCGGCUUUCUGUAGAUUUGAUGCAGAGUUUUUUUCCCCAAUUUUCCAUAAUUAAAUGUUUCUCAUUAUUACAUUACAAUUACAUUUUCUGAAAUCAGCGUUUCGCCUCUGAUCCGGGGUUCCAC